GUUCAGACGCUCGAGCAGCGAAACCUCUGCGUGUUUCUGCGCCACCGCAAAGAAGACUCCCCGCCACACUCCCGCAUGGAUUUACCGACCUGCCGCCGCCGAAACCGACUCAGAUAAGUAGGAAACAACUCGAUUAACCGAUUCAGGAUCAGCGCCGAGAGCGGCAAAACACCAAAGUACAGUUCAAAGGUUUGACUCGAGAUAUUGACACUUUCGGGCAGUUAACACCAACCCGGAUAGUAUUUUUUUGUCCUUUAGAGGUGACAAGUUUUUAUCUGCGGUGUUUAUGAAUCGUGACGUGGAAGUAAGCAUUAUUUUUGGAUGCAAAACCCCAGUGACACGCGCACUUUUGGGAACUAAUCUGAAUUGAAAGGCAGUGGGAUGUAGUUUUAGUCGGAGCAGAGGGGAGGAUCUGGACCCCGAAAAUGAACUUAGUGAGCUCCUCUGCUUACUUUCUGUGCCGUAGAGACACAUGAAGCCAUGGGUUGAAAGCGACCAUGAUAGACUGCGGGGAUAUUCAACGUGGGAGGGAGCAGCAUUUUCUGUGUUAUGUAAUGAUUGACAGUGUCUGAUAAUUAGAGGGAGAUCAGAAACAGCAUCACCCCCCCUUCACCCCCUAUCCCCCCCUCCCCUGAAUGUCCAGGAGGCUGAGGAGCGCUUGAGAUGUUUUUAAUUAACAAAAAGGUGCUCCUGUGUCACAGGUCAGUUGAUAAAUUCAUAUUCUGCUUGUUAUUUUUGUCUAUUUUUUGCCAUUAAAGCAACUUCAUUAUAAUUCUCCCUUCAGCCUCAUUUAGGCGAUACUUACAGUCAUCCCCCGCGUCGUAUAUUUUGCUUCAUGAGUUCAUUUUUCAUCAUGAUGGCCCAAACUCUGGAUUGUGCUGAUUUGGCACGGUGUUUCAAAAUGACUUCAGGAAAACAGACAAUCAGCAGCUUCUUUUUCAACUUUUUUUCAUGGCGUUGCGAUAUUUUUAACGGCCACUAAGAUGCUAUAAUGCUCGUUUUUGCCCUCAGGUUUGGGGAUAUGUAGUCAUCCUGAAAUCAACCUUUAAAUCUCUGUGACUUUCUGUUUCUGAGCAUCUGAAGCCAUUAGUUAAUCCUCACUAGAGCCUUCCUCGGUCCCUCCCUCCCCCCCACUCAUCAGGGCUGGUGGGGGGGGUGGAUCUCGGCCCCCACGGGGUCGAAACUGUGGCUGGCGGUGGUCAAACCCCCCGAGGCAGGGCUCCCGCCAUGGAGACCAGCCCAGAGAGCCCUAACCGGGCUGUGGAGUACCUCCUGGAGCUCAACAACAUCAUCGAGAGCCAGGCCAAGCUCCUGGAGACCCAGCGGCGCCGCAUUGAGGAGCUGGAGGGCCAGCUGGACCGGGUCAGCCAAGAGAACCAGGACUUGAGGCAGGACCGCAGCCCACGGACGCCUGGUUCAGACACUCCCGAGCAGAACCACAACCACAGCCAGCCUCUGUCCAUACCUAUCCAUCAUGGCAGCAGUGGCGGCGGCAGCGGGAAUGGUAGCACCUCUGUGGGUCAGGCGCCAACUGCAUCGGCCCCAACUCCAGGGCCCAGCAGGGAGAGGAGGGGCCACACCAGGUUGACCCGAGGUCUCUCCUGCGGCUCCAACACCACCGAGCGAGACCGACUGGAGCGCACCGACAGCACGGACACCAACGCCAGCUCCACCCUACGGAGAAAUGUGGAGGGGGAUUCCCAGUGUCCAGAGACGGGCACCCACAAAGACAGCUCAUUCAGCCAGACGCCUUACCUGCGCGGCUCGGAGCGCUACACUGACAGCAGCGCCAGCAGCGCACCGUCAGGAUCCAGGGACCCUUCGUGCGUGUCGGCCUCCAGUUCGGCCAGCUUGGCCUGGGCACUGCGGACACGCCACCAACCUGCGAGUCUGGCCCUCCGCAAGCAAGAGGAAGAGGAGAAUAAGAGAUGCAAGGCGCUUUCAGACAGCUAUGAACUCUCCACGGAUCUGCAGGAUAAGAAGGUGGAGAUGCUGGAGAGGAAGUAUGGUGGUUCCUUUGUAAGUCGCAGAGCAGCCAGGACCAUUCAGACGGCCUUCAGACAGUAUCGCAUGAACAAGAACUUCGAGCGCCUCAGAAGCUCCGCGUCGGAGAGCCGCAUGACACGCCGCAUCAUCCUGUCCAACAUGAGACUGCAGUAUUCAUUUGAUGAGCGACAGCCUCAGCAGCAGGCCCAGACGCAGACCAACUUCACCCACAGUGUGGCCAUAGGGCCUCCUCAUUCCCCCGACCCGGACCGCCCAGGAGACUACACCCACCUAGAGGACUCCUUCUCCAAACAGGUCAAGUCCUUGGCUGACUCCAUAGACGACGCUCUUACCUGCCGCACGGGUCGCAAUGACUCCCAGGAGGGCAGCAGGGAGGGCGGCGGGAUCAGUGAAGACUUUGGAGAGUGCGUGUGGAGCAGCAGCAGCAACCCCUCCUCCCAAAGAGGUUUGGGAGAGCGAGCCAGGGGUGCUGGAGGGGGACUCAGUAUGCAUGGCGACAGCACCGCCACCUCAUACAGCGACGUAACCCUUUACAUGGAUGAUGGCAUGCCGUCAUCCCCGCUGUCCCUUGAUCGGGCCCCCAGCAGCACAGAUACAGAGUACUGGGGCCCUGGCACUGGUGUCGGAGGACGUGAGGACAGCAGGGACACUGAGGGAGGGGGUAGCAGUAACAGUCGGCGCAGCACCCCGUGCACCGAGUGCAGGGACUAUCGUCUAAGGGGCGCACAUCUGCCUCUCCUCACUAUCGAGCCACCCAGUGACAGCUCGGUGGACAUGAGCGACCGCUCGGAUCGUGGCUCUCUGAGCAGACAGCUGGUCUAUGAGCAGGAGUCCGGGGUAGGGGCUGGCUCCCCUCAGGGAACCCUCAAACACUCCCCCAACACGGGCACCCGACCCACCUCCACGGCCGCUGCCCAGGGUCAGACCCGAGCCCCUGGCAGACCCAUACCCACACACAUCCCUCACCAGGUGGCGGCACAUCACCACCAUCACCACCACCCGAUCCACCACCAUCAGUACCCCGACACGCCGUCAUCCUCCUCCUCCCCCCAGCAGCCUCCCACCACCCCUCUGUCCUCCUCGUCCUCCACAGCUCUGCCCCCCGGAGGUCUGGAGCAGCCGUGCUGCUCAGACGGAGACAACGACUCGCUCAACUCCACCACCAACUCCAACGAGACGGUCAACUGCAGCUCCGGCUCCUCGUCUCAGGACAGCCUGCGGGAGCCUCUGCCGCCUCUGGGGAAGCAGACCUACCAGAGGGAAAGUCGCCAUAGCUGGGACUCCCCUCCCUUCAACAGUGAUGUGGUGCAGAGACGGCAGUACCGCAUAGGGCUCAACCUCUUCAACAAGAAGCCAGAAAAAGGGAUCCAGUACCUGAUAGAAAGAGGUUUCGUGUCGGACACUCCGGUUGGGAUCGCUCGCUUCAUCCUGGAGAGGAAAGGCCUCAGCAGGCAGAUGAUUGGAGAGUUCCUGGGAAACAGACAAAAACAAUUCAACAAAGAUGUUUUAGACUGUGUGGUGGACGAGAUGGACUUCUCAGGGAUGGACCUGGACGACGCUCUCAGGAAGUUCCAGGCUCAAAUUAAAGUACAAGGAGAAGCCCAAAAAGUGGAGCGGCUCAUUGAGGCCUUUAGUCAGAGAUACUGUGUGUGUAAUCCAACGCUGGUUCGGCAGUUCCAGAACCCGGACACCAUCUUCAUCUUGGCCUUCGCCAUUAUCCUCCUCAACACAGAUAUGUACAGUCCCAACGUCAAAGCUGAGAGGAAGAUGAAGCUGGAGGAUUUCAUCAAGAAUUUGAGAGGCGUAGACAAUGGUCAGGAUAUACCCAGGGACCUGCUGGUUGGGAUCUAUCAGCGGAUACAGAAAUGGGAGCUGCGGACCAACGACGAUCACGUGUCCCAAGUUCAGGCAGUGGAGAGAGUCAUUGUGGGCAAGAAGCCUGUGCUGUCCCUCCCCCAUCGUAGGCUGGUGUGUUGCUGCCAGCUCUACGAGGUCCCCGACCCCAACAGACCUCAGAGGACAGGAGUGCACCAACGAGAGGUCUUCCUCUUUAAUGACCUUCUGGUGGUGACCAAAAUCUUCCAGAAGAAGAAAACCUCAGUGACUUAUAGUUUCAGACAAUCUUUCCCUCUGGUUGAAAUGCAAGUGCACAUGUUCCAGAACUCAUACUACCCUCACGGUAUACGCCUGACCUCAGCAGUCCUGGGUGGGGAGAGGAAGGUUCUUAUCGUCUUUAUGGCACCCAGUCAGCAAGACCGCACCCGCUUUGUUAGCGACCUCAGGGAGAGUAUUGCUGAAGUGCAGGAGAUGGAGAAAUACAGAGUGGAAUCCGAGUUGGAGAAACAGAAAGGUGUGAUGCGGCCCAGCUUGCUCACUGGAGGUGUGGUUGGAGGCGUAGGUGUGAAGAGCGAUGUUGUGAAUGGCACCCUGGGAAGGACAAGUUUUGAUGACAACUGCUCGGUGGGUGAGGGUCUCAAACGCACGGCGCUCAGCUCAUCUCUCAGGGACCUAUCGGACGCAGGGAAACGUGGUCGCAGGAACAGUGUUGGUUCUCUGGACAGUACCAUGGAAGGCUCCAUCAUUAGCAGCCCACAGCCUCACCAGCGCUACCCAAUGCCGGGCGUGAUGCCUGGCUGCUACGGAACAGAAGACUUCCGGCCUCAUCGCCCCAUCCUGAGCCCCGGAUCGGGGGUGGGGGGUGGGCCGGGGCAGCAACAUACCACUGCUGGGACAGGAGUUGGGGGAGUCUCCAGCAGUGUAGAGAGAGCAGGAGCGGGGAGCGGCCCUGGGGGGAGCAGCAACAACAACAGCGGCUCCUUCCUGGGCUCCCUAUUCGGCAGCAAACGCGCCAAACCACCAGGGCCCCUUAUUCCACCGGGUCCACCCUACCCCGCACCUGUACCCCCACCGACUACGGGAGGGCCCCCUCCUCACUCCCCUUCAUCGCUGUGCCAGCUGGACGGGGGACCCUCCAAGAUCCAGGCGCUGCACGCACAGUACUGUCACGUGGCCACCGUGCAGCCGCCACCACCUUACUACCAUCACCAUCGCUACCACGUCCAAACUGCCCCGCCUCCUUUGCAAGGAGUGCCCCCUCAUACUAUACAGAGAGGCCCUCUACCCUGUCGGCCACCGCUUGGCCCCCCGCACGCCCAGCACCCGCAGCUGGCCCAUCUCUCCCAGCUUUCCCAGCAUGGGCUUCCGGGUCGUUACGCCAACAUGGUGGUGGGAUGUCCCCCCCCCCUUUCUCCUCUCUCCCAACAUUCCCAGAACCCACAGUUCGCCCUGUACCACGCGCAGCCUACACACUCUAUCAGAGGGGCCGCCGUCCCUGGUACCAAACUACCGCUAACCCUGUCACACUCCCACCCGCACCCCCACGCACACUCCCAAACCCACCCCGGACACGUGCACACACCACACCCUGCCAGCCACUCCACCCACCAAACACAUUUCAUAUUCGGCACUCUGCCCCACAACCUGCCGUCCGCCUCCGGGCAGACUUGGUCCUGGACCUCGUUCUGCCAACCUCCUCCACUCUGUAAUCUGACCUCUGACCCCUGGCCCCCCAUCCCGGUCAACCCACUGCCCCCCCCUUCGUCCCCCCUUACCCCUCUUACACCUCUCUCCCCUCCCCCCCCAGCACCCCGGGCAGCCUCAGCAGGGGCCGCAGGUGACGGGGGCUGGAGCGACAGGUACAGGGGGCAGCUCCAAAUCCAAGCCUAUCAACCGGAUAAGUACCGUGGUGUGAGCAGGAUGGGGGGCCCCAGGGGUCAGAGGUCAGAUUACAGAGUGGAGGAGGUUGGCAGAACGAGGUCCAGGACCAAGUCUGCCCGGACAGAAAGUAACAGCAGCAGCGCUAGUGACAAGAGGAAACGCAGUUUGCUUCGUCUCUGUUACUUUCACCUCCGUUUCCCACACAUGUAGGUGGAGAUAAAGAGCACAGCUAGAGUUAAACAGCAUGUGCACACGUCUUUGAAACCUGCACAUGAAUAAACACAAUAUAUAUUAAAAAAAAGUCUAUAGCCAUAUAAAUUAAGAUGAAACUAAAUCUAUAUCUAGAUAUAUUGCCUCAGUUUUAAUUGUUUGAAGUCUAGUUGAGUCUGUAUGAGACUAUUUCUAUGUACAGUACCACGAUGUGAUCAUGUGACACUGGAAAAACGGAGACCAUAUAUAUCCAGCUGCUUACACUGGGAUGUAAAUAAACCACCGAACGCGUUCCAGCAGAGUUUGGCAUUAAAAAGAGCAGAGAGUUGCAAAAAAUGUCCCUUGACUUUGCAAUAAUUUACUUGGCUUCAUGAUGUCUCCGUCCAUUUUUGCAGGUUGCUGACAGGCAUCUUUUUUUCUAAAGAAGACCUCAGAUGUGUUGCUUUGUCUUAAACUUCUAAAAAAAACAACAACCAGUGCACGGUUUCCUGACAGUCUUUUGCUUAAUGGUCUUUUACAUGUCGACAGGAGCCACCUGGCUUUAUAAUGCAUUCCUUGUGGGGUACGGGGAAAUUAACAACACAAUCAAUAAUAUAUUUUGAAUGUUUCUGAAGCUUCUCGCUGUUUUAUCGAUAUUAUAAUAUACCUGCUAUGAGUAUGAUGAAUAUUGUACGAUAAUUGUUUUGAUCAGUGAUUAAUUAUAUCAGCAGAUGUUUGUACAUGGUUAUAGAGAGUAUAUGCACAUAUAAAUCCCCUCGGUUUUGCCAUAACCACUCGAGGGUGUUCCGAUAUGUGAAGUGUGAUUUAUUUCCAUAGUACCAUGCUUUCCAUUGAGUUCAUCUUUUUAAUAAUUAGUAUUAUUGGUUGUUGAAAAUAAGUUUUGUUCAAACUGAUUUGAACACCAACAAUAUUCCUUCUUUUCUGUUUUUGUUUGAUGUGAGCAAACACAAUUUCUCAAAUGAGGGUGACUAACAAAACUUGAAUUUAAAGAAUAGAUCUGGGUGCAUGUUUAUUUUAUUUUAUUUUUAUAUUUAUGAGGCUCCCAUAAUUGGAAAAAGGCUUGAACAGAAAUUGGAUUCCCUUAUGAUUACGCAGGGUGCCUGUGCUCACUUCUUCACAGUCAUCAGAUUUAGUCAUUGUGUGUUUUUCUAUGUUUUGAAGAAGCACGCUUUUACAUGAAGGUUUUGUGGUUUUGCACACGUGAUGUCUUAAGUCAGAAAUGGCCGCCUUCUGAUCCUCCCUCUUCUGCCACUUUUUCAAAUCUCUUAUUACGUUUUUGAUGCCAUGGCAUCUCGCUGAGGGCUUCUUGUUUAAAACUGAAACAAGAGUCAAGAAUGUAAAAUAGCCUGCAGGUACAUAAUGUAUUUCCCCUUUUUUUUUCUUUCUGUGGGCCUCUUGUGCAAGUGUUUCCCCUUUUGCUACUGCAAUUUUUGAGGUUGUAAUUGAGCGCUGAUGUCGUUUACCUUCAGUGCCAUUGAUUACCAAGGGAACAUAUAUUCUGAUUUAGGAAAGAAUGAAUGAGUGAGGACAAAGUAAAGAAGUAACAAACCACUGAAAGAAACAGCGGAGUUCAAGAAGAUCUCAACAAAAAAAUGGAUUUUAAGGAGGUUCGGAGAGAGUCGAGAAUGUCCGAUGAUUUUAUAAGUAUAUGUUGGCUAGCCUUUUCUUUUUAUUGUCCUUUUUUGACUCUUCUUGCAUGAAUAUAUCUGCACUUAUUGAAUAGAUUGUACUGUAUAAAUCUGAAUGUACAUACUAUAUUAUACAUAGGCUUCUUAUCAUAACUAUGGGACAAAGUACUCCCAUUCUGUAUUCAGGUGCGUGCAUGUGAGUGCCACUAAGUAUGUACAUACAAAAAGAGGGACAGGGAUAGGAGACGUUGGCCAUAAAGGAAUAUUGACUUCUUUUUCUUUUCUUAUUAUUUCUGACUGAAGGUGAGAGAAUGAGUUACCAUGAUCUAAAUUAAAGCCUAAAAAAAGUUUAUAUGUCGGCGCACUUAUUGAUAUCAUUUAAAAACAAAUGAUUUCAAUUUUUUUCUUUGUGUAUGUAUUAUGUGUACUGAAAGAAUAGAGAAUUGAGAUGUGAAUAUUUAUUGCUUCUGAUAAAUUAAAGUGUCCUUGCAGUGAA